AUGAUUUCAUCAUCAGUCUCUGCAAGCAAGGCCAAUACCCUGAGGCUCUUCGAGCCGCCUUCUCUUCAGAUUGCAUCUUCUACCCAGAGCACCUAUGCCCAACUCUUUUACGCUUCAUCCUCCAUCCGCUCCCUCUCCGCCAUUCGCCGCCUCCACCGUCGCCUCUCCAAUUCCCUUGUUCUCACUGAUGUUAUCUUGCACAUUCACAUUCUCAAUGCCUACGGAAAAUGCAGGUCUUUGGAUGAUGCCCUUCAGUUAUUCAACACAAUGCCUGAGAGGAAUCUUGUUUCUUGGACCUCGGUUAUCUCUGGCUUGUCUCAGAACCAUCGAGAGCGGGAAGCCGUUGAGCUCUAUCUCGGUAUGCUUCAGUCUGGUUUUCUUCCUGACCAGUUUGCUCUAGGGAGUGUUGUCGGCGCUCGUUCUUGUUUGCUUAAUAUACACUUUAAGGGUCCGUUUGAUUUGCACAAAGGGAAGAGUUACAAGCCCAAAGUGAACACUGAACAACAACAGUCAUGUAAUGAUAAUUCUGAAAAAAUGAAGAGCCAAAAUAGAAGCAUCACAAACAUAGAUGCACCAGUGAAGAAGCGAAAGAUUGAAGCAGUACAGACACAAGACACAACAGAGAAAAAAGAGGAGAGUUUGCCAUCAAUGGAGCAAUAUCUGACACCGUCUGCAUCUCAACAUCAUGCGAUGAUGAAGGCUCGUUUUGCAGAUACAAUCAUCAAUGCACAAAGAAAACUCCUUGAUGGUGAUACAGUGAAAAUGGAGGCUUUGAUCAAGAAAUGUAAACCGGAGAAUAAAACUCAUAACAGACGCAAUGAUAGUAAGCAGUCUUUAGUUGUGGUUUCAGAUUUGUUAUCCAAAUCCAUGUUGUUUGGUGAGAAGGACAGAGUUGAGGCUGCCAAGAAGCAGUGUGUGACAGAAACAGAGGCCAUUAAUAUAGGCUUUGUAGUUAGAACUCACAAAAUGCUAACUAGAAUCAAACAGUAUUACCAAAACUUCAGCACAAGCUUCAUCUCCCAGCAAUGCACCAAUGAUUUCAUCAUCAGUCUCUGCAAGCAAGGCCAAUACCCUGAGGCUCUUGAAGCCGCCUUCUCUUCGGAUUGCGUCUUCUACCCGAGCACCUAUGCCAAACUCUUCUACGCUUCAUCCUCCAUCCGCUCCCUCACUGCUAUUCGCCGCCUCCACCGUCGCCUCUCCAAUUCCCUUGUUCUCACUGAUGUUAUCUUGCACAAUCACAUUCUCAAUGCCUAUGGAAAAUGCAGGUCUUUGGAUGAUGCCCUUCAGUUAUUCGACACAAUGCCUGAGAGAAAUCUUGUUUCUUGGACCUCGGUGAUAUCUGGCUUGUCUCAGAACCAUCGAGAGCGGGAAGCCGUUGAGCUCUAUCUCAGUAUGCUUCAGUCUGGUUUUCUUCCUGACCAGUUUGCUCUAGGGAGUGUUGUCAGAGCCUGUUCUGGUUUGCUUGAUAUUGAGCUUGGAAGACAGUUGCAUUGCCAUACCAUCAAAAUGGAUCAUGGGCGAGAUAGGAUUGUUCAGAAUGCGCUUGUUACAAUGUACUCAAGGUCUGACGGUAUCCGGGAUGCUUCCAUUGUGUUUGAGAGGAUUGCUGAUAAGGAUUUGGUUUCAUGGGGUUCGAUGAUUGCUGCAUUGGCUCAGAAAGGACAUGAGUUUGAAGCUUUGUGUCUCUUCAAACAAAUGCUCGACAUUGGUGUUGAUAGGCCGAAUGAGUUCCAUUUCGGCAGCUUGUUCAGUGCUUGUGGGAUUAUAUCUAGGCUGGAUCAAGGAGAGCAAUUGCAUGGUCUCUGUGUUAAGUUUGGUUUGGAGACCGAUAAUUUUGCCGGAUGUUCAUUGAGCGAUAUGUAUGCAAGAUGUGGAAGGUUGGAUCAUGCAAGGAAAGCAUUUUUCUCAGAUUGGAAGUCCUGA